GUUAAAUUGUCAAAUGCUGAAAUCCUGUCCACACACGCAAGUGGGCUCAUAACCUGUGGACGCUACUGCCUUGGGAAAAGAUAUUGUGUGUCAUUUAACUAUGAUCCAGAAAACCAUCAGUGUGAUCUCAACUAUAAGUCAUCUGAUAGCACAGACGCACACAUGGGAAGUUUUUCAAGCUUUCUGUUCUCGGACAUUCAACAUUGGCCACAGCGACUGUCUGCUAUGUGCUCCAAUCAUGUGUGUCCUCUCAAUACCAUUUGCAUUCCUGAAGGAGAACCAGUUUGUAAGGUUUCUGGUUGUUUAAUGUCUGAUCUCCCUGCCAUUCCCCAUGCAGUUUUAAAUACCACAGUAUCGGCUCGGGAGCUUCCUAUAGGAACUGUUGUGAAGUAUGUAUGUGAAUCCGAUUUCUACCCAGAAGCCACUGCGUCAUGUGGACUGAGUGGAAAUUGGUCGUACACAGGUUGUCGUUUAGCUGUACCAUCAUCCUGUCUUGAGGUGAAGCAGUGUGGGCCGGCCAGUGUUGAUGGGGAGUACUGGAUCAGGUUGCCUAACUUCGAUUUCUAUCCAACUCGCAUCUACUGUCACAAUAUGACAAGUGGGGAGCCUGAGGAAUUCCUGACACUUCACCAUGAAAAUUAUGGUAUUUUCCCCAGUAAGACGAACCUACGUUGCAUGGGAGAAAGAAAUUUGUAUCACACUUGUGAAGGGCGUCAAGGUGAAGUAUGGUUCUCUAAAAUUAAAGUUGAUCCUGUCACAAUGUACGUUUCUGUUGAUGACACCAAGUAUGCAAACAUUUCACAAACACCUCCAAAGUACGGAUAUGCGAGGGAUUGUUAUGGUACCCAUGAAGAUUUGAAGGUCAGGUCUUGUGGAACAAAAGGGGAAUUCAUCAUCGAUCUCCGAGGAACAGGAUGGAUCAUCUCAAGAGACCAGCAGUGGGAAGUUAAAGGCUUUAAAUCUGCUAUGGAGACUUUAUCAAGGAGUUCGGAGGGAGCUGUUAUUCAUCUCAAAUGUGGCGGUUUUGUAGGAGGUUGUAUUCCCAAGGGCAAGUUGGCGUUAGUACCGAAUGUGCUGGACAAUAUCACUGAAAUAUCAGUUGUCAAGUACCAAUGUAACUGGCGAAAUGAAAUACGUUAAACGUUCAAUUAAUUGAUCAUUCUAAACCAUAUCCGUGCCCCAAUAAAGACCAAAACAUGGUCAAUUUUCAGAGGGUCUGUAGGGGAAAUGCAAACGUCAAACGAUGAUCAUACCCACCGUUGUUUUUCUCUUAACAACUUCAACAGAAGAUGUCAUUUUUUAUUUAUCGAUUGUGAUCCCAUU